GCCCUCCACUCAUUCCCAUCUCUCUCUCUCUCAUCUCAAAAAGUCAGCGCCAUCCUCUGUCCCCUUCUCUCUCUAGAGCUCAAAGUAGAGAAUGGAAGACGAUUGGGAUCUCCACGCAGUGGUCAGAGGCUGCGCCACCACUUCCUCCACCACCACCACCACCACAACAACAACAGCGACCACCACGUCUUCUUGCAGCUAUCAACCACGAGCUAAUGAUGGUGAUGAUCAGUUUAUAUUCUUUCCAGAUCCAUUUGAAUCAAGAAUUGCUGAGAAUGGUAUAGACUUACAUGAUGUGUUUAAACCCUUCUUUCCCAAAUCACAAACUCUUCUAUCUCCUCAAAAUACACCGAUCUCUCCCCUCUCUGUUCUUGGAGGAUUGCGAGAUCUACCAGCACCACCACAACAGCAACAACUACAAGAAGAAAAACAAAAGCUAAAACAGAGUGUUUCUGGUGCUAGAACUAGUUGUACCUCUGUUAGUUCUACUACUACUUCACAUACCCCAAGGUCUAAAAGAAGGAAGAACCAGUCGAAGAGGGUUUGUCAAGUACCAGCUGAGGGGUUAUCUUCUGACACGUGGUCUUGGAGGAAAUAUGGGCAAAAACCCAUCAAAGGCUCUCCAUAUCCAAGAGGAUAUUACAGAUGUAGUACUUCAAAAGGUUGUUCGGCCCGAAAACAAGUGGAGCGAAACAGAUCCGACCCGGGAAUGUUCAUCCUCACCUACACCGGCGAGCACAACCACCCUAUGCCGACUCACCGGAACUCACUCGCCGGAAGUACACGUCAGAAGCCGGUCACCCCUCAAACCGUCACAGCCGGUGACGCAACCAAACCCUCUUCUUCCUCCUCCCCUCCGGUUUCUCCGGCCGCGAGCCUCUCUCCGGUGACUGAAAAGAUGGAAGAGAGAGAAGAUGAAGAUGAUGAGUUUGGGGUCUCUGAUAUGGUAAUCACUGAUGAUUUCUUCGAGGGUUUGGAAGAACUCACCGGUGAUUGCUACCCAGAUGAUUUUCCGGCGAGUUUGACUUUUCCGUGGCUGGUCAACAAGGCGGCGACCACCGCCGCCGGCGGUGGCUGAGUCGCCGGAAAAGUGAAAUGGGUGUGAAUGAUGCUUUGCUUCACAUUCACUCUAUUUCUAUGUUUCUUUUUGUAUGUGAAAGAGAGAGAGAAGAGAGAGAAUCUUUGCAAUUACAAUGUGGUUUUGGUUCUGUAUUCCAUCAUCAUCAUAGUGAGAGAAAGAGAGUCUUGUAGUAGAUGAAAAAAAGAAAGGUUUAUUCCAAUGUUUGUAGGUGCAUUGUAUAAUAAUUAUAUUGAUUUUAGUUUUAACAAUCAUGUUUAAUUUCCCUU